AUGGAGUGCAAUGAUUCCCGGAUCUUCAACACAAGUAAUCCAAUCACCUAUGCGGUUAUUGAGCGGCUUUUCGAGUUCAAAUAGUAGGUUUAUUUUUAAAUUUAAAAAAAAACAAAAAAAAAGAUAGCGCUCACCCAGCAUCGAACCCUCGACCCCACGCACAGAAAUCCAGAACGCUACCACUGAGCUACGCGCGCCUCCCUCAACCCACUGUUAAAUUUCCUAUUGCAGCUACUACUCCAAAGUGCACCCAAUGCUUUCACUUCUUUUAUGUGUUCUCGGUUUACUGGCAAAUGGUGUACAUAUUUUGGUGUUGACUAGACCAAGAAUGCGUCAUUCCUCAGUUCACACAGUUUUGGUUUGUAUAGCGAUUUCAGAUAUCGGAACGAUGACUUCGUAUUUAGUAAGUUCCGCAACGCAACGCAAACCGCGUCGCAACUGAAAACAUUCAAUUUUCAGACUUACAUCCUUCGCUAUGAAUUCUACCACAAUCUCGAAGGAUAUUCCUACAUCUGGGCACUAUUUUUGAAAUGCCACGCCAUGUUAUCGAUCGCUCUACACGCCAUCACCCUGUAUUUGGUGGUGCUGAUGGCGUUUAUUCGAUUGUCGGCUAUGAAAAUCUCGACGUCGCAGUGGUUGGAUCAUUCGAGAGCGCUGUGAGUUAUGGGGAUUUUUGAAACGUAUAAUUUUCUGGAUGAAUUUAUUUUUAAUCGUGGAAAUUUAUCUGCUGCAAAAAUAGCGAAGUGUUCUUUGAAACAGCGGACGCUUCAAAUAGCCAAGCCUAGAAAACCUUACUGUGUAGGAGUGGCGCCUAGAGUUUCUCACUGGCAAGGAGCCGCGCCUAGAGAGUCUAGUUGUCAAGUAGCCGCGCCUUGAAAGUUUAAUUCUCAAGGAUUAGCGCCUAGAGAGUAGUUUGUGUCUAAAAAAAACCGAAUUUGUAAAUUUUCGCGCGCAAAAAAAAUCCACGUGGCAAAAAUCUAGAAUUUUAAAUAAAAAUUUGAGUACGCAAACUUUCCCGCCACAAAAUCCACGUGGCAAGCACUUCAGAAUUUCAGAUAAAAAUUCAAAUUUGUACAUUUUCCCGCUAAAAAAUCCACGUUUUCAAAAAUUAAUUAUGAACCGAGAAUCCACGUGGCAAAAACCCUGAUCUAAAUUUUCAAAUUUUCCCGCGCAAAAUAUCCAUUGGUAACAUCCUUGUCUAUCACGCACAAGGUCCCAAGUUCGAGCCCCACCCAGAGCUAAUUUUUUUUUGUGAAUUUCUGUAUUUUCCAGAGUCUCGGCUCUGACCAUCGCCAUUCUCGUCUUCAUCUUCUGCGUCCCUACCCUUCUCGCUCACCAAAUUCUCGAAACUCAGCGAGAAGUCGACCUGUCCGGUUUCUAUUUUCUCUACAGCGUCGGAUUCUCGGAUAUGAUGAAGAAGAAUCAUUGUUUCCUAAUGAAGGGCAAUCUUUGGCUGACUGGAAUCUUCCUCAAAGUUAUUCCGUGUGCACUGCUUUUCAUAUUCACGAUUGCGUUGAUUGGAAAAUUGCGAGAGAAUAAUGAGAAGCGAAAGAUUUUGAUAAAAGAGGAACGAGCCAGGAGACGCGGUGAUUUGACAACUUAUAUGCUGCUAUUGAUGGUUACUGUGUUUUUGUGCACCGAAUUGCCUCAAGGUAUGGAUUGGGGCUAACCCAAGAAGCCUAGAAGCCCCAAAAUUCCUAAAAAUCCACCAAAAAUCCCCACAUCUUCCAGGAAUCUUAGCAAUCCUAAACGCAAUCUACACCACUCAAAUCAGUCAAUAUGUUUAUUCCAACCUCGCCGAUGUUUUGGACGUUUUCUCGCUGAUCAAUUGUUUUGUGGCAUUUUUGGUGUAUUGUUUCACAUCCUCGAAAUAUCGCCAAACUUUGUUUGGAUUAUUGCCAUUGACCAAGUUAGUUUUGUUUCAUUUUUUUUGAUUAUUGUUGUGAAGAAUUGAAGAUUUAGAUUGAAUUUUUCAUGAAACAGUGAAAUUUUUCUUCUUAAAAAUAUGUAACAAAGCUAAAAAUUCCCGACAAAAAGAUUUUUCUGAACUUUUUCAAAAAAAAAAAAUAAUUUUCAGUUUUUUUCCGCUGGAAAACAUCUGAAAAUUCGGUUGAAAAUAGAAUAAAUACAAUUUUUUUUAUAACCAAAUUCUCAAGACCAAAAUUAAAAAUAAAUUCGAAUUUUUAAUGAAAAUCCCAUGAAACAGUGAAUUUUUUUAACUCGACUUCACAAUUUUUGGUAAUAAAGUCAUAGAAAAUAAAAUUUUCAGAUGUUUUUUUAGCUAUAAAACUACUGAAAAUUUAUUUUUUGCAGAAGAUUAGAAGAGGAAAAAGUGCAAUUAAUUUAAAUUCCCGAAUUUUCAUUAAAAAUCCCACGAAACAAUGAAAUUUUUCUUCUUAAAAAUGUAAAUUUUUUUCGAAAUAAUAUGAAUUUUCGUUGAAAAUUACAAAAACUGAUUUUUUCUGAACUUUUUCAAAAAAAUGAUAUUCAGUUUUUUAGCUAGAAAACUUCUGAAAAUUCGGUUAAAAAUAUGUUCUUUAAAAUUGACUUGCAAACGAUUUUUUCAAAAACUAUAUUAUCAACACCAAAAUUAAAAAUAAAUUCGAAUUUUUAAUGAAAAUCACAUGAAACAGUGAAUUUUUCUGAACUUUUUUUUGUAGAUAAGUCAUAGAAAAUACAAUUUUCAGCUGUUUUCUAGCUAGAAAACUACUGAAAAUUUAUUUUUUGCAGAAGAUUAGAAGAAGAAACAGUGCAAUUAAUUUAAAUUCCCGAAUUUUCAUUAAAAAUCCCACGAAACAGUGAAAUUUUUCUUCUUAAAAAUAUACAUUUUUUUCGAAAUAAUAUGAAUUUUCGUUGAAAAUUACAAAAACUGAUUUUUUCUGAACUAUUUCAAAAAAAAAUAAUUGUCAGUUUUUUCCGCUGGAAAUCUUCUGAAAAUUUGGGAAAAAAUAGGUUUAAAACAAUUUUUUCACAAACUAAAUUCUCAAAACCAAAGUUAAAAAGAAAUUCGAAUUUUGAAUGAAAAUCCCAUGAAACAGUGAAAUUUUUCUUCUGAAAAAUAUACAUUUUUUUCGAAAUAAUAUAAAUGUUCGUUGAAAAUUACAAAAAGAUUUUUUCUGAACUUUUUCAAAGCAUAGAAAAAAUAAUUUUCAGUUUUUUUUCCGCUGGAAAACAUCUGAAAAUCAGGUUGGAAACAAAUUAUUUCAGAGAAAUUCGAAUUUUUAAUGAAAUUCCCAUGAAACAGUGAAUUUUUCUGAACUUUUUUUGUAAAUAAGUCAUAGAAAAUAAAAUUUUCAGCUUUUUCUAAAGCUAAAAAACUUCUGAAAAUUUACCAAUUCAAAAAAAUAAUGCAAUUAAAUUCACGAAUUUUUAUUAAAAAUCCCACGAAACAGUGAAUUUUUUUUUAACAAAAAAUGUUUUUAGUAGAAACCCUUUACAUUUCCAGCCAAAUUUUCAACACCAAAAAAAUUCAAAAAUCCAAUCAAAUUUCCAGAAUCCCCUACUCCGGCGUCUCAACUCGUCAAGGAACUCUCAAACUCACAUCAACCCAAGAUCGGAAAGGUGUAAUCCAGCGCUAUAAUUCGCUAGAAGUCACAAAUCACGCUGAAAUUCCGCUGGUUUUGAGUGAACGACCAAAUUCAGCACAACCUUUGACUGAUUUCUAG